AAGAUGGACAUGCCUAAAGAUGAUCUAAGGUUGCAGGUUCUAGCAAUGGGGCGUCGUACAAAUAAUAAAAGUACAGUAAAAUUGAAGCAUGUCUAUACAUAAUGGAAUUUCGCGGUAUAAAUUGGCUAUGGCGCGCGAAACCAAAGGCAUGGAACUCGCAUUGCCUAGUGGCUCUCUGGCCUCUCGUCCUCACACCAAUGUUUCCGUUAUGCAAAAAGUCAAAAACUCGAUCAAUCUUCUCAGUUUUAUCCAAUGCGCAAUUUCGAAUCCUCCAGGCAAGGCUACUACGUAGACCGGAGAAGGUUGAUCGGCGAUGUCAUGGCUACGAUCGGCGGUGAGCAAAGCUGUGGAAGUCGGCGGAAACGGGAACAUCACUCGCAACCUUCGCAGCUAUGCGGGAUCCGUUGUCCAGCAUGCGGGUUACGCCGGCUUCGACGAUUCAAAGAAAAUUCACGACCGAUCUGGUCCCGGAAACAUCAAAAGCUUUAAGCAUGCUUUGAAAAGAUUAGAAGAACAGUCAGUUUCUUGCAGAGGUAUAGAGAGACUUCAGCAACUACGCAGGUGGUUAGUUGCUCUUAAAGAGAUUGAGAGAUUGCAUGAAGCUAAAGCAGAAGCAGGGAAAAACAUUGAACCCCUAGAUAUAUCCAUCUCAAAGAAGGAUCUUCCUAAAGAACCUACUAUGGUUUUAUAUCAUGAUCCUGAUCUUGGUGGGGAACCAAUGAAUUUUAAAGACUUGUUUCUUCGCAGUCAAGCUCUUGAAGGCAUCGUCUUGUCUGUGAUUCUUGAAGCACCAGAUGAUGAAGAAGUGUCAUUGCUUACAGAGAUCUUUGGACUCUGUCUUACUGGAGGGAAAGAAGUCUGUGAUGCAACAAUAGCUAGCAUAGAAGCCCUGGCUAAAGCUUUCUCAAGCUAUAAUGAUGAAUUAUUGGCAAAGAAGGAAGACCUACUUCUAUUUGCACAAAGUGCAAUUGCUGGGCUCAAAAUAAAUGCUGACAUAGCAAGAAUAGACUCUGAAGUCUCAAACAUACAACAGGACCUGCACAAAAUGCAAUGCUGGCCACCUUCAAAGGAAGUUGGAAAAUCAUGUGGGUCUUCUACAGAGAUAACGGAGACUUUGAAAGAAGAACUUGCUCAGAUACAACUAUUUUCCAAAUUGGAGUCACUUUUAUUACAGGAGAAGAUUUUGCUCAAUAGAAGUGAACCAGGAAGCCAUUUUCAAAAGGUUGAUAAGUUAAAGGUUUUGUCAGAGUCCCUUUCGUGCUCUGCUUCAAAAGCUGAAGAACGCAUUUCUGAGAGCAGACUUCAGAGAGAAGGAGCACUUAGCUUUCGUAUUUCAAAAGCGAAUGAAUUCUCCCAUCUUGAAAAGGAGCUGACAGUCAAAAUUCAUGAACUUGAGAAGCAAAAAGAUGAUCUUGAAGCUGAGUUGAUAAAGGUAAAUUGCACUUUGUCUUCUGCACAUGCCCAUCUACGCAAUGCCAGGGAGGAAAGAGACCAGUUUAAUGAAGCUAGCAAUGAAAUUAUUCAACACAUCCAAAUGAAAGAGGAGGAGUUGUCUAGAUCUAUUGCAUCAUACAGAGCCGAGGCAGACGUUUGUGAUGCAUUUAUUUACUUCUUAGAAGACACACAGGGAUUUGAAUCAUCAUAUAUUAGACAAAAAGAGAAGCAUGUCAAUGAGGAACUGGAGAGGUGUGAAGAUUAUUUUGGGGAUUUGGUGAUCCGUGUCUUAUCUGCAUACCAGGAUUGCAUGACAUUACAUCUUAUGAAACUACAGCUAAGUGUUUUUGUUUUCAAUAUCUCUAUAAUAUCUAUCUCAAUAUCAUGGGUACUUGUGUGGUUUAUGCUUACAAUUUAUCAGGAUGAGCUAAGGCCUUCUAUUUUGAAUGUCAAGAAACUUGCAGAGGACUUGAUAGGGUCAGAGAUCAUGGAUACUGCUCCAAACAGAGAUAAUAAGAGUGCAGUGGAUGCAAGACGACGGCUAGAGGAGGAAUAUCUGAAAGCAGAAACCAAGUUAAUAACCACAUUCAGUGUUGUGGAAAGCAUUAAAAAGCAGUUCUAUGCGCAAACUGAAGGAAUUUCAAGGAAGGAUUAUGAAAAUGUGAAUCAACAAUUUGAAAGUCUGGGAACGAUCAAAGAAGAAUUUGAAUCCAUCAACAGACCAUCUCUGGAAGUUGAAACUCCUAGUAGGAGAUCCAAACCAUUAAAGUUGAUGUCGGAACCCAACACCCCCCCAUCUUUCAAUCAAAACGUAGAACCCGUCACCCCUGGAUCACCUCUGCAAAAUGAAAGAACACAUAGAUCCCUGAUGAGAGGGAGUCUGAGAAAGAGUUUAUCUAUGGCUAUACGUCAGACAAACGACGCAGUAAGCUUUGCCCGAGGAGAAGAGGGUUUCGUGUCCCAAAAAAUCCUGAGAACAAAGACAGUGGAUCCAGCUGCGCAACUCUCAAAGCUGAAGAUGGAGUUGGAACUUGAGAACAGUACCAGAGACCAAUCUUUCGACGAAAUUUAUGACUGGGAAUCUGAUGUAAAUGAUAAAGAGAGGAUACACGUUGGUGAAUGAGUUCUUACCAUUGUUUUUUUACCCGUGACCAAAUUGUGUUACUCAAGUGAAGAAGAAGACUGUUUAACAGCUGAGGGACACUUGCUGACAUGUCCCAUACAUGCAUGCAUGCAUGUAUUCUCUGCUCUAAUUCAGAAUUCGUCUUAAAUAUAUAUAUAUAUACUCCUACCUAGUAGUAUAUUAUUAUAUCCAAUUUUGAUUAGGAACAAGUGCAGAGCACGUAAGAAAAGGUUAUAUCUUGAGGAAUUUCCAUUCUUACAUUUGAAUUCUAUACGAAGUAUUUUAAUGCUCCCCUAUUUUUAUAUAGGGGUAAUUUGAGUUUGCA